AUGACCUUCGGAAUCUUGGAAAUUAAAGGCGGUGGUCACGUUCCCGGCACCGCCCUUCUAGAAGAUGUCCAAUCGGCGCAGCAAUUCAAUGCAGCUCAUCUUAAGCAUGGCACCGGUCAGCACGAAAAGACUGUGCUGGUUCCACAGCCGUCAAACGAUCCUAAUGACCCUCUGAACUGGCCUUUAUGGCAGAGAGAUAUCAUUUUCCUCUUGCUCUGCUAUUGCACCAUCCUGUGUGCUGGAACUCAAAGUUUCGGCAUCUCCUUCACGCAGGUCUCACAACUCACCGGGUACCAGCUCUGCGCAGUCGGUGCACUGGGAGUCUUCAUGUCGACUUGGACUCGGGUUUACGGGAAGAGACCGGUAUUCGUCUUCUCUAUGUUAUUCUGCCUGGCUGGUACUAUCUGGGGCGGUGUUGCAACAUCAUAUAACUUCCUACUUGGAGCUCGGGUUUUGCAAGGAUGCGGCGUUUGUGUGUGGGAAUCGGUCAUGUACUCCAUCGUUGGAGACUUGUAUUUUGUACACGAACGUGGUGCCCGAAUGGCCUUUUUUGGGACUUGCGCCUCCGGUUUUGGAAACUUCGGCUCUCUGAUCGCCGGUGUAGUCGCAAAAAAUCUUGGUUGGCGCUGGUGUUUUUAUGUCCUCAAUAUAUUCCUAGGCAUCGGAACCAUUGCCAUCAUUUUCUUUGGGUGGGAAACGGUGUACAGGCGAGAUGCUGCGCUCUUCGACACCGACGUUGCGGCUGAUACUGGAUUCGUUUUCGAUGACACAAAACCUUCAGUUGUGGAAGAGGAAGCUGUGAACGACUCUUUGACCCUGAAACGCAAUUCAUUCCCGAGACGUCUAGCCCUGUAUUCUGGACGCUAUACGAACCAGUCAUUUUUUUCUCUUACCGUUCGGCCUUUCGUCAUCUGCGUCAACCCAGCAGUUAUCUGGUCUACACUUACAAUCGCCGUAAUCACGACUUGGCAGGUACUCAUGUCUUUAGUUAUUUCUCAGGUAUUUUCAGCUCCGCCAUUCAACCUCGACUCAGCUCAAACCGGUUAUUUGUAUGGUGGCCCUAUCAUUGGAGCUGUCCUGGGCGCAAUAUUCUGUGGGAGUAUCUCAGAUCGUAUUGCUGAGUACAUGGCAAAGAAAAACAACGGCAUAUACGAGCCUGAGUUCCGGUUGGUCUUGUUUGCAGGCAUGGCCGUACUUUCGGCCCUUGGAUUUUUCCUUUUUGGAAAUUUGAUUGCUAAAGGGGCAUCGCCUGUUAGUAUUGCUUUCUAUUCAGUUGCCGUGGGUACUUACAUGGUCGAUGGGUACCGAGGAAUAUCCAUUGAGGUCUUUAUCAUUGGAAUGAUUGCGAAAAACUUUAUGUGCUUCGGAUUCACCUUCUUCAUGAAUAACUGGGCGGCAUCAUGGGGUCCGGCGAGGCUGUUUAACUGUCUGGGUGGCAUCCAAGUGGGUAUUUGUGUAACGGCGAUCCCUAUGUACAUUUUGGGUAAACGAUGCCGGUCAUAUUUUCGCGAUCACAGUAUCUAUUCGACGGAGACUUGA